AUGAUUUAUCGGACAAAUUAGUAAUUCGAAAUAAGUGAAAAAAAUAGUUCCAAACCCAUAUUUCUUGUAGGACAGUCCUCACAUAAGAGAACAAGUAAGUAAUUGUAAAACUAUGUAACUGGACAUCAUAACACAAACAAAACCUGGAAUACUGCGACCCGUUUCCACAGGUGUGAAACUUUAACAUUACGUUAUAAAAUGGAUCGUGACGAGGAUUAUCAAACUUUUGUUGUAGUAUAUAAAGGACUUUCAUACGUCGGAAAAGUAUUAGAACCAUACACAGAAAAUGGUCUUCAAAGAACUCAUCAGGACAUCUACAAAGCGCUGGGAGGGUACCCGCCAUGCCAGUCACAAUGCAGUUUACAGCAUGGGAAAACUGUUAAUUCCUGGUGUAACACGUGUAAGAAAUGGAAGAAGUACCUGGCGAGAACAACUCGAAUACCUUUUGAAUCUUGGGACGAGAUAGAGUCCUGGAAAUGGCCGAUGGAUUUUAGAAGCAUUGCUGCAAUAUAUUUGCCGAAAGGCUCGGCCAAUCAUCCAGUUGAUUUAGCCGAUCUUUCAGUUGCAUGCAACAUUUGGUGUAAUUGCAAAAACGCGUUUAAUGUUCGUAGGUUUGUAAUUCAGCAUUUAAGAGAUACCAGAAAUCGGUACUUCGCUCAUAAUCUCAGUAGGCUUCAGGUAACACCUAAUGAAAAAGCUAGAGCUUUCGAUGCCUUCAGUGACGCGAUUAAAGAUCCAGAUCUUGUAGGGUUUGUAGACAAGGAAAUAUCACUACAAGAAUUAGAAAAGAUCAAAGACGGAGAUGAACUAAUUGUAUGGAUGAAAGAACUUGCUGAUAAAAUUAAUCAACAUAGUGUGACCUUAGACAGUAUAAAGCAAAACCAGAACGUUUUUGCAGAAGCUGGCACUCAACAAAGCCGAGCCUUAUGUGAUAUACAACAAACCCAACAUGGGGCGGUAGAAGUAGUUGUACAAGCGCUUGAGGAUAUUAAAAAAGAAACUCUAAACAUGGGAAAAGUAAAACGAUCGUCUGUCCCACUGAAUAUUCGUAGGAAGAUUGUUUCAGCUUCAGUAAUUGCAACGAUUAUCUUCUUAACUUUAGUUGUAAUAUGGCCAACCAAGAAAAUUACUCAUGAAAGGAAAGAGAAAGCUUGCCUUUCAGAAAAUUACAGUUACCCAUUUAAACAGGAUCUGCCAUUGAUGGGUUAUCUAAACGAACACAAAGAACUGAAAGGUAGGAAAUGGUUACUAGACGACCUUGUUAGUUUAUUUUUGGAAUCGGAGACAAAUUAUAAUGGUGUUACAUUAGUCGCUGAAAUGGGAUACGGUAAAUCUGCAAUCAUUUCUCAUCUGCUUUGUGCGAACACUGAUGAUAAACAGAACAUCUUGCGAGAGCAUAUAUGUGGCUUUAAUUUGUGCCGAUUUAAUGUGAAAAGUACUCAGUAUCCUGAAAGAUUUGUAAAAAGAUUGGUAGGAUUUUUGGCAACAACGAAUGCAGCGUAUGGCAAUAUUAUAUCGCGUCUGCCAGACUCUUCGAUCUUGUUUAAUUCUGAUGCUUGUGCCAAAGAAAUAGACGCGUGUUUCGAUCAGGGCAUUACUUUACCGCUUAAAGAGAUGUCAGCUCCAGAGAAAAUACCCUGGAUAAUAGCAGUAGAUGCUAUAGAUGAAUGUUAUGAUGAAACACUUCACAGAAACCCUAUUUUGGAUAUGCUGUCCAGUAGAAUCAACCUAUUGCCACAUUGGAUACAGUUCCUAAUAACAUCUAGGAACAUAACAGAAUUGAAUAAAUUUAGAAACAUGAAACAAGUCCAUUUAUUCAGAAAUAAUGCAAAUAACCUGAACGAUAUAAAUUCGUAUAUUGAAACAUACUAUACAGAAAAGAAAUGGGAUGUUGAUACUGAAACGUUAAAAAAUUUAACACUACAAAGUGAAGGCAACUUUUUAUACAUUACUCAUUUAUUACAGUUUUUAACGAACACAAAAUGUAAUGGCAUUUUACCGAGAACUCUGGCCGAUAUCUAUGAAAUCAAUUUCGACAGACAAUAUAGUGGAAAUGUAUCUUUUCACGUGUCAAGAGCUAUUCUCGAAGUGAUAUGUGCAUCACUUAACCCAUUGAGCAAAAACAACAUUAUGGAUAUACUUACUUCUAAUAAUAUCACCGAUAAGAAUAAUUUUGAAGACCAUUUUGGAAGAUUAAUUUUUUUUCUCAGGUUAGAUAAAAAAGUGACGAUCAUCCAUCAAGCGAUGCACAAAUGGUUGGUAAGCGAACAGAAUGCUAUUUAUCGUAUCUUUCCAGAAUCGGGACACGCAAUCAUUGCAAAACACUUAUUCGAGAAACCAUCUAGUGAAAUACAUGAGAGGGAUAUCGUUGACCUUGCGAUACACGUGAGCAUUACAAAUGAUGCUGCACUAACAGACAUGUUCAUAUCUUUACGCUUUACAGAGGCCGAUCACAAUAAAACAGCCUUUUCAUUACAUAAUCUUGUUUGGAAAAGUUCAUCAGUCAAAGCUUUGGAGUUGCUUCUCCAUCUGCAACCUGAUGUUGAUAAACUUAAUUCUGGUGGUGUCACUGCAGCUUUUGUAGCGGCUGCAAAAGGACACAUUGAACAAUUAAAAUUGUUACAUAUAAAAGGUGCAGAUAUAAGUUUCACCGUAGAAUUAAAUUUUAUAAUAAAACCGGUUCAUAUUCUUGAGAAAAUAGAAAUGAUAAAAGACACAUUUUACAACGGGUAUAACUUGAUACACAUAGCUGCUCAGCAUGGACAUCAGCCUGUAGUAAAAUAUAUAAGUGAAGUUAACAAUACGUUGACAAACUUUCAAAAUUCUAUUGGAAUGCGUCCAAGUGAUAUUGCAUGUGAAAAUGGUGAUAUCGAUUCUUUGAAAACACUAGCUGCCUACAAUAAAUCAUUUCUGGAUGAAAUAUGUAUGCAUUACGCAGCUAAAGAGAAUCGGCUUGAUAUUGUUACAUUAUUAAUUGAAAGUGGACUAGAAUUAUUCUGCAUAAACAAUCACCAGUCUGUAAGAGCAUUUAAUGAGAUUUUUAGAAACAUUCCAGUACAGAAAAAUGGUAGAUUGUUACUGCCAUAUUUUCCAACAGAAGAUACGGACGAUAUAGUAUACAGUCCAGUGAAACCCCUCGAUAUCUGGUGGAAAGUCUUGAAGGAAAAUCCUCUCCAUGUUGCAAUUAAAUCUGGAUCAGAUUCAGCAGCGCUUUAUUUAAUUGAGAAAUUUCCUAGACUUCUGAGAUGCAGACAUACCCUUGGAUAUACCUCGUCUCUUUUAGCUAUUGUAUACAAUCGAACGACUUUGUUGCCAGCAAUUGAAAAACGAUUGGUCAUAGACACAUGCAAAAUAUCAAACUACGUAGAGGAAUUCAGAGUAAUAGGGUCAGAGAACCUGAUAAAGGAAAUAACAGACAUUUCCAUUUGUGCGAACGGUUCUACUGUGGCACAUUUGUUAGCUAUCUAUCCCCGAGAAUUAUUUCUCAUAUUCGCAGUUAGGCAACACACAGUUGACUGGAAUUCUCCAGAUAGCAGCGGUAAUUAUCCUUUACACUAUGCAGCUGCCAAUUCUAACACGCUUUUCAUUAUAUCUAUGUUAAAACUUGGAGCAGAUAUUGCUAGCGUACAAUCAAGAAAUGGAUCUACAGCCUUUCAUAUAGCUGCUAUUACGAGUUCAUUUUCAAGUUUCUACGCUUUGACUGAAAAACUACAGAAACUUCCAUCUAAUAUGAACGAUAACGACAAUAGAAGUGUUUUACAUUACGUUGUUUUGGAGAAAUCAGUCGAUUUAUCCAUAGCGAAAUAUUUAUUUCAAAUUCUUAUUGAAAAUUUCAAAUACGAUAUUCAUCAAACUGAUGCUUAUGGUCGAAACGUUCUUCACUAUGCGUUGCAAUUUGGUCAUUGGAUGAUAGUAGCUUAUAUUCAAGAGCACUAUCCACAGUCUUUGAAAAUAAUGCUUGAGCGUAUGGACAUUGAAGAUUUAUCACCCGUACCGUUUGCGCUUAAAAGAGGAAAAUAUAUUCAUAUUUUAUUAAUGCCAUCUGCAUGUAAAUAUUAUCAUAUUUUCAAUCCAAACUGUUUUGAGGAUACGUUCAUCGAACAAGUGUUCUCUGACUGGGAACUUGCGCUGCUUGUUCUUAUGAAAAAUAUGUCUACCAACCAAUUCAAUUCCUACAUAGAACCGUUUCUUCAAACUAUAAUAGUUAAAAGCACAUAUCUUACAACGGCGGUUUUAGUGUACUACAAAACCAUUUCUGAUGAUUGCCUUCAAGAUCUUGUUCUAAAUUGCUUUAGCGAAUUCCUUCACCCAUCACCGUAUACUUUGCUCUCAAUUGCUGUGUAUAGACCACAUAUAUUGCAUCGAUGCAAUAAACCAUUGUCAAAAUCUCCAAUGCAUCUUAUUAUGAAUAAUGAUUACAGAGUGAGUGAACAUUUCAGUACUAAUCACUUGUUUUUUGAAAAUGCAAACGAUUCUGAUUUUUUUAUGAAAAGUUUAUUCGGGAAUCCAAUUGAUAUCGGACUCUUAAGUUGUGCCGAUGAAAAUGGCUACAACAUAUUUCAUUAUUCUGUAAUGAAUGGUAAUAUACCUGCUGCAAAUUACCUAGUCAGUAAAGGAGUCCAGAUAGCUAAUACGAAAGUCAAGGUAGUAGAUCUAUUUUAUAUGACACAUUUUGCCAACAUAAAUUUUGAUCUAGGAUUCAUGAAGGAAGACUAUACAAAAUAUCAAAACCCACUAUCAGCGACACAACGUUUAUCAUCUGAUAUAUUUUUAACAGAAUUACUAAAAAUGUUCAAAGACGAGAUCACAUUGGAGAUGAUGUGUGCAAGCGGUAAAUCAUCGUUAUCACUGGCUCAUAUCUUAGCUAUGUGCGGGUUUCAAACUACUCUGAAAGAAGCUAUAAACAUCUUUGGAGAAAGAAUUUUAGAUUGUGAAAAUGCGGAUGGUUUUACACCAGUUUAUUUUGCACUGUUAUUCCAGAAUAUCGACAUGUUGCCUUCAAGCAAUAUUUCCUUUGGAAAUUUUAGUAACAUUAACCGCACUGCAGAGGAUAUACUUAUCCUCUGGAUAUUAACUGCAUUCCCUCAACCAUCUAUCUACUCAGCAAACUGUGGAAUGAAACACGUAAUACCUUGGUCGAAGCAAUUAAAAGUAGAACUUGAGAGUAUAGAAAUGUUUCUGCUGUCAUAUAUAAGACCGGAGGAUGCAAAUAUGUACUUACACAUUGACUUAAUGAUUAAGUCUCUUCGUGGUCUUUUGUAUGCAAUAGAAAUAUCAGCUCAUAUUCUUAGACGAAAUGCGUUGCCAGAACCAUGUUUAAAACUUAUAAAGAUAGCUCAGUCGAUUUGUUUGGAAAAAGACACCAUACAAAGAACAAGUAAUCAAUUUAACGAUCCACAUCUCUUCAGAAAGGCAUCAUAUUUAUUCGAUAUCAUGAUUGAGAAUUUAAGAAAAAGGUCGCAUUCUUGUAUGAAAAACUGUUCUUGUUCUAAUUUGAGUGUGGUAUACGAGAGACUCGGACGCUUUUUUAACUCACUACAACACAUCGUACAAGUCAUUUCAAAGAUCUUAAGACAUACUCUUUUGACUGAUUUCUUACAUAUGAAGGAAAAGUUAUCUCUUACUAUUGGUAAAGAGUUUCCUUUUUUUCAAUGCAGGAUGAAAAAACUCAAAUUUUGGAUAAAUGACUAUCGGUUAUUAUCUGGUUUUACUUCCAGCAAAGUUGAACCAGUGUCAAAAAUACAAUUUUCCGACCUAAGAAGACUGAGAUAUUUACGUGUGAUUCGACUGACGUAUGUGUACCAAUACAUGAACCGCUAUCUCAAAAAAGAAAGAUAUGAAAAUCAUUAUUUUCCGUCAGAGAAAAGUGAAAUUAAGGAGCCUUUCAAGGACAUGAAUUAAAGUAUUACAUCUGGGUUGGUAUUGUUAUUAAUGGAUUAAGUAGAAGAGUAUUUAGUAAACAACCAAAGAGUGGAUUUUCUCGUGUUGUCGCAAUAUUGUGCAGCAAAAAAAAAUAUAUGAAUAACAUAGAACCAGUUUCAAAUGAUUCAUUAUUAUAUCUUAUAAUAGACUAACAUUAAAGCAAUUGUCUUUGAUCAUUAAACGAACCGUAGGUGAUGAAAUAUUCAUUAAUGGAUAAAUAGGAUCAAUUUUAAAAUAACAACAAAACAAUGCAGAGUGAAUGUACCAUGCAACCUCGUACAUGAAUUUAGUACACAGAUUUCUGAGUUUUAUUUUAAAUCAUCAUAUUAAACGCACAUGCAUGUUUUCAUACCAGAAACAGUAAGUUUCUCUUCUGUCUGGAUCAUUCCUUGGACAAAACAAUUGUUGUGCAGUUUCAUCGAACUCGCUCCAUUUUAAUGUUUAAUCAUUUGAGAUUAUUCUGGAAUUUAUUACUUUUGUCUUGUUAUAAUUGGGUAAGUGAAGUUCACGUUUUAUCGAAGAUGUGGUAAAAUUUGUUCAAACAUACAUGAUGAUUUCAUAAUUUGUUAACCGCUAGGGAAUACGUAUUUGUUUGAAAUCGUGUAGAAGAUGUGGUUUAAUAAAGAAAUAAUAUAUAGAAAAAUUGUGUUUUAACGUUAUCAAUACACGGAAAGAGUUUAUACGUCCUCGGAAUGAUUUCACGAGGGCAUAGUCCGAGUCAGUUAUUUUGAUGACGUAUUACCGAUUUUGAGUGUAUUGAUUUAGGUAACAUACGAUUUUGCUAUACAUUAUUUUGAUUUUUAUAUGCCCUUAAUUUAAAAUUGUAGAUAAAAUAUAGUAGCGCUCUCUCUUGGUAGCAACUAAAACAUUGACGUCAUCGCACGUCAACAAGACGUCAUUUUAGCGUAAGCACACAAGCAUAUUAGAAAAGCACAUAAUCAAUAAGCUUAAAGCUGUUUCAUAUCUAUUCAGUACGGAGUUUCAAACAAGUAGUUUGGUACCUGAAACAUGUUCAGAUAUUGAGUUCUUCUCUACCCUCGUCUAGAGGAUGUUGACGGUAGCAUGCAUUUGCAUUACCGCUCAUGAACAACUGAAGUCUGCAACAUUUUUAUUUUUUGUCGUGUUGAGCGACCUGCGGAGUUUCCACUUUUUCUUUUUUAUAGGGAGACCAGACAUGUUUCUGCUCCGUACAUAAUAAAAUUAAGAUUACAUAUAAAAUUUGCUUUUUCCUAUAUCAAUUUAUCCCAACGUAAGAAUAUCAUUUUUGACUAUAUUGUUGUAUACUUGCAGAUUUGUUUCAAAAUUGUUGCAAGUGAAAUGAUUGUAUAGCUAUCGUUUAUAUGUGAUCGUUUUAUGCUAAAUAUUUAAAUAAGUUUAGCAGAGGUCAUUGAUAAUUAUAUGUAGUUUUUAGACUUGUCAGAUAUAUAAUGUUAUUAUUGUAUUUAUCAUGUUUAUAAGUAAGUGCAUAUAAACGUGCACAAUCAUUUAUAUUUAUCAUUUUAGAUUUUUGUUACCUUAGAGUAUGAUUUUUUUAGCACACCUCUUAUGUAAGAUGUUGCACACAUGAUUUUCUGUCUUUAAAAAAAACAACAACAAAAAAAAACUGACACUUUUGGCAUAGAUUUUAAUCGGAAAUUAAGAUUCGGACAAAAACUUUCAAACACUGAUUUCUUGUUUCUGAUUUAAGAUAUCUUUUGAUAAUAAUUUGCUUCUGUAAUUAAAGACCACAAAAAGAAUAUUUGUUGUUUUUUGGCAUUGAAAGUGAAAGAAAUCAGACACUGAUAUAUUUGAUUCUGCGCUUUUUGAAUUUGUUAUUUUUAUGUAGGUUUGAUGUGAUAUAAUAUUGCAAAUAGUUCUGUUCUCAAAAAAGUUAUCAUAAAACCUGUCACUUCAAAACAAAUUUUGAAAGUCUAUAAAACAAGAAGAUAUGAAGAUAUAAUAAUUUGUUAUUUUGAGUUUUUUUCUGAUAGCAUUGUAAUUAUAUGCCUUAACUGUUUUGAGACACAUCGCAUGUUUGGUGUUUAGUCCUUUGCGCUGUCUUCUUUGAUUGUGCCCGAUGGUAUAUGUGGAAGUCCACUCGUACUUGAUAGUUGCUUUGAUAUUUGUCUUUUUGCUUGUUUCGUCUGGUCCUGAAUUGUGUUUCCUUCUACAAAGGCAUAAGUACAUACGUAUAUGGUUAUUUAGGUUUUCUUUUGUAUAAUGUUACAUGAACAUUUUUGUAUUUUCAUAUUGUUCAUUUUGUUCGUAUACGCAUGUAAGGGAUUAACAUAACGGGGAUAAAUUGUAUUUACACUGUCCUGAAACACUGGCACCUGGUGCGAUAAAGAGUUGGGGUUUGCGCGCAAUUCACUGGUUUAAGAUUCCCAUUCGAGGUUUCCCCCACCCCCUUUCUUCCCCUUACCACUUCCUCCCCCUCUAUCUAUAUUUGGCAUAAAUUUAUAUCUACUUGUUAGAUGUUUGAAGCAACCCGUCUGUAAUACUUUUCCGUUGCAGCUUCUUUUUAUUCUCGGCCUACUUUGCAAAUGCGUGGCUCUGAGGCUGUGUUAUAGUGCUCCGUGCUCCCGAGAAGUCUAUCCUUACCUAUCAUCUUUUGCUCUAGGUCGAUGACCCGCACUUUGUUUUGUCCUUGUUUUAGCUCACCUGAGCAGGAAGUGUUCAUGAUGAGCUUUUAAGGUCAUAGGAUGUCCGUCGUCAGUCUGUCCUUCGUCCGUGGUCCACAAUAUCUUAAAAAAACAUCUCUUUCAAAACAGCAAUGCCAAUUUCAACCAUACUUCAAAAGAAUAGUUCUUGGGUGGUUUCCUUUAAAAUCCAUGCAGAAUUCCAUUAAUACUAUGGCAAUUAAUGGAAAACCUUCUUCUCUAAAGAAACUGCUAUCACGAUUUUGAAAUACUUUCACAGAAAAGUUCCUUGGCUGAUCCUGAAUUAAAUUCCGUCAAACCAUUUUGUUUCUUUAAAAAGGCGGGGCAAGUUUUUCCAUUUCUUAAUAUCUCCCCCGAUACUGCUGGCUCGAUUUCAAAAUAAUUUCGCAAUAGCUUAAGUCACUCUCUAACAAAGUCCUUUAAAUGAUUCUAUUUCAUUAAAAACGUGGCUAUCAGGGGCGGGACUAGUUUUCUCUACAUGGCUAUAUUGAAACUUUUCCUCUGAAAACUGCUGGCUCGAUUUAAAAAUAAUUUGACGGCGAUAUUCCUUGGGUGACCCUCUACCAAAUUUCUCCAAAUCGUUUGCUUCGUUAAAUACAUAGCCACCAGGGGCAGGGCUAGUUUUACCAAUAUGGUUAUAUUGAAAUCAUUGAAAAUCCAAUCUAAAAUCGCUGACCCGAUUUCACAAUAAGCUGACGGCAAUGCGUGACCUUCUAGGAAAUUCCUUGUCUAAAAAAACAUGGCCACCUAUGGACGGGGCUAGUUGUCUUUAUAUGGCUUUAAUGAAACUCGAAAUUGUCCUUAAUCGACCCUCUCCAAAAUGUUUUUAAGCUCUUGUUCACACAUCACUCCCGCCCCUUCCCCGAGCCACAUUCACACAGUUUUUAGUUUCAAUUUCUUGUGUUUUUUGAUACAGUACUGUCUCUUAAUAUCAUCUGACAAUUUUACCCCCACUCCCGCAUCAACCCAAACAAAAACAUUCUUUUUUACUUUUAGUUUAUUGUCAUUUUCGAUAUUUUCUCUUAGUAUUACGUCAUCAUUACCCGACCAUCCUCCCAAACACAUUACCUUCUUCGAUUUAUUUACAUACAAUGUUACAAAAACCAAGGACAAAACCAAUAACAAUGCCACAUUCAAAAAACGCAGUCGCCCAUACAACACUUCACAUGGAAACAUGGGUAUUUGAAACUGUAUACACGUACAUGAACUCAUCAACACAAACGAAUGAAUAAUAACACAGAAGUAACUAACAAACACGAACACAUAUGAAGAAGGUUCAAUAGUGUAGGGUAACGUCUUGGACAGGUCAGUGGCAAAACACUACUGGGGAGUUUAAACCUUCACUCUUUAACGUCUUUACUUCCAUGUUCCUAUAUAACAAGACAGUGUAAAUAAACAAAACCCCGCCAGAUGAAUCCCAUACAUAUGUAACAAAGAUAUAUAAAUAAGUCGAAAUCCAUGUAACUGUAAACAUAUUUACUCGAUGUAUGACUUUGCAGUAGCUAGCACCAUUAUUCCUUGUCAUAUAUUGAAUGUUACUGUGCUAUCAUUAUGGCCGCCAAAACCAAAAUGACCGACAAAAAGAUGAGAAUGAAGUAGUCAAUCGAAAUAUCAUUAAACUGUAAAAUAUAUAUAAAUAGGAAUUCUAAUAAAUCGGUUAUUAUAAUAAUAUAGCAAAGAUUAUGAAAAAAUAAAACUUCCUUCAGCUGUUAUUAUACUGCUUAGUGGUGUUCUAUGCUUCCAAUUAAGGGCACGACGAGCAGAGGCAAACAGUAAACCAGUCCGUCCCUAGAGGGUGAUUUAAGAGCUAGUUGCAAUGGAGUCUUUCGCUUGUCCUAUCAUCGCACAAUCGAAGAGAAAAAUGUAGUGACUAAUUGUAGAAUACUUCUCUGAACAAUAUGGUCAACCGUGCUAUUUUUGGGAAAGCAUCAAACUUAGUUGAAAGUGAAGAUAUUUUAUUCUUAUGUUUCGUUCAUGCCGGUGUAAUGAAGUAUUUCGACCCCCAUAGAAUAAUGAACCCCCGGUCAUUAUUCUAUAGAAAAAGUGACCCCCCGGUCAUAGUAUUAUGACCUCCAGAUCAUAGUACUAUGACUCCCCCACGUGAAGUAAACUGAACCUCACGAAGAAUAUUGACUCCCAUAAAAAAAACGACCCCCGGUCAUUUGGUCAAAUUUAGUGAUAACUCAUGUAUCUAAGGCCUUAUUGCUGCAUUUUAUGCCCCCACUCGGGGGAGGGGGGCAUAUAGAUUUGCCCUUGUCCGUCCGUCCGUCCUUCCGUUUGACCAUUAGCCCCAGAUACCAUCACUUCACACAGAAAUCAGAGCAUUCCGCAACGGGAAAAGGGAUUUUAUUACUCUGUAUCUUGGCGUAUACAUUUUUUUCAGGAAAAUAACAAUUCACAAUACGUUCACAAAACACACCAGUGUCAAUAAUCCCUGCAAACUUCGGUAUGAAGUAAUUCUUCAGAAGAAAACUGCACAAGAAACUGCUAGAACUUAGAACUUAGUAUUAAUAGAAGUUGCAAUACAUAGCAGUGGCAGUAAAGUACGGUAGCGGCAACAAUAGAAAGUAGUAGUAGUAGUAGUGGUAGUAGUAGUGGCAGUGGUAGUGGCAGUUGCAGUAGCAGCAGCAGCAGCAGCAGCAGCAGCAGCAGCAGUAGCAGAGGAAUAAGUGACAGCAACAACAGCAGCAGGAGAAGAAGAGGUAGAUGUACAAGACGUAUUAGUGGAAGCAGGUAUAGUAGUAUCAGUAGUAGCAGUUGUAGUAGUAGUAGUAGAAGUAGAAGUAGUAGUAGUAGUAGUAGUAGUAGAAGAAGAAGAAGUACAUGUAGUAAUAGCAAUAGAAGUAGCGGCACCAGUAGUAGUAGUACAAUCAAAAUGUUAACUAUUGGCAAUGGAGGGUAUUAGAGUUGUAGAUCUAGUAAAAUUGUCCGUUAGGUUUGGUGGGGAUCACUUUUUAAUAGAUAUUAUCGUCGAAAGUCUUUUUAGGAGCCGGUGUUUUACACGGAAAGAGUAACUUUUUUAAAUAGAAUAAUGUCCGGGAAUCGAUAUUGAAUGAGAGUUCGAAUGUAGUAAUUUCGGCAGUGAGUAUUUUACAUGGAAUGAGUCACUUUUUCUAUAGAAUAAUAACCGGGGUCGUUAUUCUAUGAGAUUCGAAGGGAGUCAUCUUUAGGGGGUCAGUAUUUUACUUGGAGGGGUCAGUUUUUCUAUAGAGUUUUCAAAGGGAGUCAGAUUUUUAUAAGGGGAGUUAAUAUUUUACAGGAAAGGAGUCAAAUUUUCUAUAGAAUAAUGACCGGGGGGUCGUUAUUCUAUGGGGGUCGAAAUACUUCAUUACACCGGCAUGAACGAAACAUAAGAAUAAAUGUAAGAACCAGACACCCUCAGUGAGUAUUUGUUACAGUAAAUUUGUGUUUUGUUCAGCAUUUUAUGCAAAUAUUGAUUAAACAUACGUAUCUGAAUAGAUUUAAGUUAUUUAUUGUUAUUCACUACCGGUAUAUCAUUACAUAAAUUGAGUUGCUUCCCUUCUGAAACAUCUUGAGUUAUGGAUAUUUUAACUAUAACUCCAAAUAUAUCUCUGUAGAAGAAACAAAGAUUUAGAUGUGUAGUGGUGCUUGAGUUGCUCAGGGAAAACUUUUUUUCUCAAAAAUUAUCUGAGUCGCAAAUUUCACAGAUACAGUCACAAAGUUUAUAUUUUCAAUAGUUUUCAACAUUUUGUUUUUGUAAGAAUUAAGCUGUUUUACAAACACUAUGCAUACUUUGUUUUGAGAUAUUGCGUCCAGUUCAGUCUUCUUAGAAAGUAUAUGCUCUGUUGUGUGUUAUGAAACAAAUUCUAUGAAACUACAUAAACAAGUUAAAUAUUUAGGGUUAUUUACAUUUUUACAAUUACAUGAAAAAUGCAAAUUUUAACCAAAAUUCACGCUUUCAAUAGACUAGUUCAUUUAGAAUGGUCGUAAGUGAAAUAAAAAUUAGUAUUAUAUUUUAUUAUGGAAUCAGUUUUAUAUUAAAUCUUUAGUAUUUUGU